AUGCUGAAGGAUGGACGCGACGUCGCUGCCCUCCUUGCAGCGCUGCCAGACGAGAUGCUAUCGCCCGAGCUCGUUGCGCUCCGCGACCUCGGCGCCGCCGUGGACCUCGCCGACCACUGGCCGGUCGUGCAUGUCACCACGAUGCCGAUCGAGCACACACGCCUUGGCGUGGCUGCGCUACCUGCAUUCGCCGGCAUCUACAUGGACGCUGGCUCUACGUCGCUCGACUGGCUUGACGCCAAACUGCCGCCCACGAUGCCGCUAACGUUGGUCGUGGAUCCGUCGGGCCACGAUACGCUGAGCGCCUUUGUCAAUGCAUGGGGCGACCGCGCCAUGCAUGUGGCUGUCAAAGGCCCUUGGGAGGAACCAAGCCCGGUCCCGGACCUCCUCGGACGCCUUGUCAACGUCCAAAGCGUGACGAUCGAGCACGCUACGCCGCCAGUCAUGACAACGUACCUUACAGCGCUGCCGAAGCAGCACUUGCAUACGCUCCAAGCGGUUGCCUCCGCCUUUGGUCCAAUGGAUGCGUCUGCGAUUGUGUCCUGGCUCCAAGGACCGCAUGCGACGUCACUCAACCUCGGGUGCUCUUCCGUGUCCGACCCGACGGCCCUCGCCGACGCAAUUCUCGCUUGCACGACGCUACGGUCCUUGAAGCUUCAUGCCGUGAGCAACGUUCAAGAAGCGCUCAUGGCAUCGCCAAAGACCUUGACGCACAUCACAUCGCUCACCGUCGUUGAAUCGCGUUUCGGCGUCGGUGCCACCCUCGGCUUGGUCAAGAAGGUCGAUCGCACCAAGGUCCAUACGGUCAUCUUUAAUCGUUUCGAGGGCCAGGGCAACAAUGGCGACGUUGGUGUCAACCGGCCCGGAACGAGCGUGCUCGACACACUCGCGCUGUGCCCUGCGCUCCGGACACUCCGGCUUGUCCGCGUCCACAUAGCUCCGAUCAGGACGACGGGAACUUGGUCGCACUUGUCGACGGUCGCCUUGCGGGAUACGACGUUCAAGACACCUGGCGACGCCGUCAAGCUCAUCCAGUGGCUCUCGACCUCGCGCUGCCUAAAGGACGUCGACUUGGACCGCACGCAGCUCGGAGCGGCUGGGUUCGUCGAGCUGGCGCGGGCGCUGCCGGCGUGGAUGGCAAGAGGCCUUGAGACGUUGAAUCUCCGCGGGACACAACUCUGUGACGACGACGCUGCGAUUCUUGUCAUUGCGCUCGCUUCGGGCACGAACCGACGGCCGCUCACGGUCAAUGUGCGGUCAAAUCCUUUCAUGAAGGCGUCGACAAAGCUCUUUUUGGGCAUGCUGGGGGCGAGCCACAACGUCACGCUACAUGUGGGCAUGCGCCGCUACACCGACGGCACCCGAAAGCAUAUGAAGCUGCACCAGCUCGUGCAGGUGCAGCCCGGUGUACUGACGUCGCCACCGCGCCAAUCGUCACGGUGGCAUAGCGUUUAA